AUGGGCAACGAAUCCUCCACGCUGAUAGACGAUGCGACGCCUCCAUCCGCUCUGGAGGCUCGCACUCUGGAGGCAGUGGCCAAGUACAUCCGCGAAAAAGAUGUGCGACGGAUUGUGGUGAUGGUGGGCGCAGGUAUCAGCACCUCAGCGGGAAUCCCCGAUUUUCGUUCGCCAGACACCGGUAUCUAUGCCAAUCUGGCUUUUCUGGACCUGCCCGAUCCCGAAGCCGUGUUCGAUAUCAGCUUCUUCAGAGAAAACCCGCAGCCUUUCUACGCCCUGGCGCGGGAGUUGGCGCCGGGCCGGUAUCGACCAACCAUUGCGCAUUCGUUGGUCAAGUUGCUCUACGAAAAGGGGCUGUUACUAAAACACUUUACCCAGAACAUUGACUGCCUGGAACGGUUGGCGGGGGUACCCGGUGAGAUGAUUGUGGAAGCUCAUGGAAGCUUCGCGAGUCAACACUGCAUCGACUGUCGUGCCGAGUAUCCCGAAAACCUGAUGAAGGAGGCCAUUGGCAAGGGUGAAGUCCCGUACUGCUCCCAAUGCAACGGCCUCGUCAAGCCUGACAUCGUCUUCUUUGGCGAAUCGCUGCCCGAGGACUUUUUCAUUAACCGGACGCUGCCCGAAGAGGCAGACCUCUGUAUCGUCAUGGGAACGAGUCUUUCCGUGCAACCUUUCGCCAGUCUCCCCUCAUUCUGUCGGGAUGGCAUCCCCCGCAUCCUGAUCAACAUGGAACAGGUCGGGGGAUUGGGAUCCCGUGCCGACGACAUUUUGAUCCUGGGGGAUUGCGAUGCGGGGGUACGGAAAUUUGCUCGCGCUCUGGGUUGGGAGCAAGAACUCGAACUCCUCUGGAAGUCAACAAAUCCGGAUCCGGAUCAAGGCUCCCGGGAGGCGGAGACAGCGUCGCUGAAAACCAGGGACGAGGGAUUCCGAGACGAAGUGGAGCGUCUGACGGAGGAGAUAGACCGGACACUGGGGAUCUCUGAUACAUACCAACAACGGGUGCGACGGCAGCUGAACGGGUCAGAGGAGUCGGAGAAGAAACGGUUCUCAGAGACAGCAGUAGAAACGGUGUCGAGCAUGGGGGGAUUGGCGCAUGUAUUCCCUCAUCUGGUACGACGACCGAAAUCUUCGGAUAUAGACUGA